ACAAGGAGAAGUUUCUCAGUUCUCACUUCUUACAACUGCAAAUUAGUAGAGACAGAAUGGCAUCCCUCUCUUUCACUCACUUUCUCUCGUUUCCCAGGUGGAGCUCAAUUUCAAUUUAUUACCCGGCAUUGAACUUAGUGCGACCUCAGGAUUUUCGAUUGCAGAAUAAAUGGUAUCUCUCAGCCAAGAAAAAUGCUGACAUUCCAAAUCAAGAGAAAGCUAGUGAAAAUGGGGCAGUUGUCAAAAAGAAGACUUCUGGAACUACUAGACGAACUGCUACACGAACUAGGAAGAAAGCAAUAGAUGAUGUGCCUGCUGAAAACUCUGAAUUGGUGUUAAAUUCUGAUUCCAAAAAUGAGGAAAGCACCACAUCUGUAUCAAGUGAAGAUAAUAAGAAAACCUCACAAGGGACGAGAAAGAAAGUGGCAUCAGCUUCUACUAGUGUUGAGGAACAGAAAACUGAGAAAAAGUUAAGGAGGAGAAGGACUAAGAAGAUGGACGAUGAUAUGGAGGAGCAACAAAGUGAAUCCGAAAUUAGUGAUGUAGAGGAGUCUACUUUAACGACAAAUUUGGGUGAUGAGAGCGAAGAAGACAUCGAAUUCAAUAUAGAUGAAGGUGAAGAUAUUAGUUACACAUAUGGCUUGCCUCCACUUGUUUGUUGCUUUGGAGCUGCACAGCAUGCUUUUGUUCCCUCAGGAAGACCAGCUAACAGACUUGUAGAUUAUGAAAUCCAUGAGAGAAUGAAGGAUGCUAGAUGGGCCCCAGAAAAGUUUGUUAGGGCACCUGGGGGUUCUGCUGGCAGUGUUGCUCUUGCUCUUGCUAGCCUGGAUGGUAAAGUUGCUUUUAUGGGAAAACUUGGUGAUGAUGACUAUGGACAGGCCAUGCUAUGCUAUUUAAAUGUGAACAAUGUUCAAACACGAUCAGUUCAAAUUGAUAGUAAAAGGGCAACAGCAGUAUCAAAGAUGAAAAUUAGUAAGAGAGGUCGCUUGAGGAUGACUGGUCUUAAAUCAUGUGCCGAGGAUUCUCUUUCUACGUCUGAGAUCAAUGUCGAUGUGCUGAAAGAGGCAAAGAUGUUCUACUUCAGCUCACAUUCUCUGCUUGAUCGAAACAUGAGAUCAACUACAUUGAAAGCUAUCAAGAUGUCCAAGAAAUUAGGAGGAGUUAUUUUCUAUGAUGUAAACCUUCCACUGCCACUCUGGCGGUCUGAUGAAGAGACCAAGAUGUUCAUACAAGAAGCAUGGAACCUUGCUAAUGUUAUUGAGGUUACUAAGCAAGAGUUGGAGUUUCUUUGUGGAAUAAAGCCCACGGAAGAAUUUGACACCAAGAACAGUGCCAGUUCAAAAUUUAUCCAUUAUGAUCAUGAAGUGGUUGCACCACUUUGGCACAAAAAUCUCAAGGUUUUGUUUGUAACAAAUGGGACUUCCAAGAUACAUUAUUACACUAAGGAGCAAAAUGGUGCAGUGCAUGGGAUGGAGGAUGCCCCCUUAACCCCCUUCUCUUGUGAUAUGUCAGCAUCUGCAGAUGGCAUUGUUGCAGCUCUACUGAGAAUGUUGACAGUUCAGUCAGAUCUCAUUACAGAUAAAGGAUACUUAGAACGCACAAUCAGGUAUGCAAUUGACUGUGGGGUCAUAGACCAAUGGCUCGUUUCACGCAGGCGUGGCUUCCCUCCAAAGGAAGGCAUAGAAGUGGAAGGGGAAGAAGAAGAAAAAGAACAUGAUGAUGAAGAAGAAGCAGUCCCUGAUCCAAAUGGCAUAAGAUCAAUAACUUUAAGAGAAUACCGCACACUGGUGGAGUCUGUAAGUUUAUCUUAGAUGUCGUACUGAUGCUUAUAGUUUAUUUAAUCAUAUGCCUUAGGAAAUUUCAUACCGCUGUAAAGUAAGCUGAGUGUUUUGGUUCCACUCGAUUGAAUCUUGUUAACUUAGAAACCAAUUUUGAAAUGAAUGAAGAGCAUGUAUAAUUCCAAACCCAGAAGUUGGUCAGUAUUUUCUCACAAAGCUUAAAAGUUGCUUGAUCUUAUCUUUGUAGAAUAUGCCAUGGUUGCAAGCAGUACAACAGUACUUUGAUUAUGAACAGUUUAUUGUACUACACACCUUGUAACCGAAGAUGUUCAACUGAACAUAUACUCACUUUCCCUGAAGUGAGAGGCACGUAAAGCUAAAGCUACAGCUUUUGCUAGAACGACAUCCUUAAAAAUGUACAGUCGGAGGGCACUUUUCAUUGAAAGUAUUAAUUUUUGCAUAUUUGCUUUCCUCAUGGCGGUCCUAAUAAAGUUCAGUUCUUCAGAAAUAUAUAUGGAGCUUAAAUUUUGAUAGCUUUGUUAGGGGGGUUUAGUCCAAUCCUCUAGAAUAUGCUGCCCACAUCAUCAACUAGAGUCUCUUUUUUGAAAGUUGAAAGAGAAUGGACAUAUUUAAAAUCUUUCCAUUAUUUAAUUUUGGAUAAUUAAGAGUGGGUGAAGAAGCUAAUCUUUUAUUUCAGCUGAUGUCAAGAGGUAGAUUAGGUAUUUUAGUAUUUUUUUUUCAAUCAUCAUCCAUGUAAUUAUUAGUUGAAGGCUUCAAG